UCCGGCGCUGGGCAUGGAGCGUGUGCGGGGAGCUGGGGCCGUGCUGGCGGUCCUGGUGGUGCUGGGAGCCCCCCCGGCUGCGGGCGAGGAGCUGUCGGGGGUGUUCCAGUUUAUGGGAAAGUGUGAGUGUCACUUCAUCAACGGCACCGAGCGGGUGAGGUUCAUGGAGAGGCUCAUCUACAACCGGGAGCAGUUCGCCCACUUCGACAGCGAUGUGGGGGUGUUUCUGGGGGACACCCCGUUUGGGGAGAUCCAGGCCAAGCACUGGAACAGCGACCAGAACUUUCUGGACUACACACGGUCGCAGGUGGACACAGUCUGCCCACGAAACUACGAGGGUGUCACCCCGUUCAGUGUAGAGAGGAGAGAUCCUCUCUAA